AAAUAUGAGACAAAACAACGGAGAAAACAAAAUUGGUGUUUUUGAAGGAAUUGCUUACUGUAUUGGGGAUAUUAUAGGCUCAGGUAUUUUUAUCUCUCCAACAUCAAUUCUAAGACAUACAGGCUCAGUGGGGCUUUCCCUUUGUGUAUGGGCUGUAGGUGCUUUAAUUGCUGCGUGUGGGGCACUUGUAUAUGUUGAAUUGGGAACGAGUAUAGGAAAGUCGGGUGGUGAUUUUGCCUAUCUCUCACAUGCAAAAUGGCAUCCUUUAGCAACAGCAUUUUUGUGGGUAUCCACAACUUUAACAUUCCCCGUUAUUAUGGCAAUACAAACUUUAACAUUUGGAGAAUAUUUAGUUGACGGUCUAAAUUCUUUUAUUUCAAUAAAUUCUGAAUAUAUUGGAAUAUUAAAACGUUUAAUUGGAUUUAUGACUAUUUGGCUUGUUUGUUUUAUGAAUUUAUUUUCUUUGAAAAAAAUAGCUGGCCGAUUCCAAGUUGUAUUAACAAUAAUUAAAUUAUUGGUUAUAGCUACAAUUAUUUUUAUUGGUUUAUAUCAACUUGUAUUUAAAAAUAAAACUGAAGAGACUUUUGUAAAUGCUUUUGAAGGAUCUAAAACUGAACCUGGAGAUUUUGUAUUGGCUUUAUAUGCAAGCCUUUUGGCUUAUAAUGGCAAGUAA